UCGUGCGUUUUUUUCUCUUUUUGUUAUUAAACAUUUAUUCAAACAUAAAGCAACCAACGUGAACCACGCUUCUGCGCUGCAACCAUUUACCAUUUUCAUAACUAACGUUCGUACCAUCAAACCAAGUAUAUCCCAAAACAACAGCCAGCGGAUUUCGUAUUUUCCAGCCGUUUCAACCGGAUUUGAGAGCAGAUAGUUACUGAUUCCACGUGUUUCAAGACGUAUCGACCGGCAGCGAAGACAGACAACAAGAAGCUGAGCAAGAUGUUGGAACUGAAGAGUGCGUUGAGGGACUUCGACGAGGAGAAGAAGAAGAUGACUUUUCCCAAGAGGAAGGAGACAGAGAAUGCAUUUGGCAGAGAGGUCAACAACCCCUGCUUCAAGCUGAGGCCUCCCCCAAAGACAGACUGUUUCACCACUCUUCCCCAGGGCAAGAGGACAGAGUUCGCCAAGUUCUACGAGAGAAACGACUUCCCCAUGCAAGUUGAACACGACACCAAGGGCAACAAAAUCGCAUGGAAGGUCGAGAUUGAGAAGAUGGACUUCCACCACUACCUACCCCUGUUCUUCGACGGACUGAAAGAGAGACAGUUCCCCUACAAUUUCUUCGCCAGACAGGGCAUCCAUGACAUGCUGGAACACGGGGGCAACCGGAUAUUGCCAGUGGUGCCACAGCUUAUCAUACCCAUUAAGGAGGCUCUUGAGACGCGUGACCACCAGAUCAUGUGUACGACUCUGAAGAUCUUGCAGCACCUGAUAGUGAGCGGGGAGAUGGUGGGGGAAGCACUGGUACCCUACUACAGACAACUCCUCCCCAUCCUCAGACAGUUCAAACAGCAUAACAAGAACCUAGGGGACAAGAUAGACUACAGUCAGCAGAAGAGGGAAAAUUUGGGAGACCUCAUUGAGGAGACACUGCAGGGAUUCGAACUGCACGGGGGAGAGGACGCUUUCAUCAACAUCAAGUACAUGGUCCCCACCUACGAGAGCUACAUGCUCAACUAACAACACAACUACAACACCCCCCACCCGCAUCCCUCCCUACUCCAGCUACAACGAACUGUCCAAAAACUUAACGUCUAUUCCAUCUUUAUUCCAUCUUUAAAACACUUGUCCGAAUUUCAGUCAAAAUUACUCGCGAAAACCCGAAAGAAUGACCAGCGACCAGUGUUGCCAAAAAACACCAAAGCGGCAUGCUCUCAAUUGUUUUUAUUCUGGUCCAAAUUUCCUAUAGUUAAAAGUUAAAAUCUAGUCAAAUUCUAAUUCGCUUUUAGUGUUAUUUUAUUGAACUCCUGGAAGCGUUACUUUAGUUGAUGAGAUAUUUUUCUAAACAGUGAUGUGAUUAAUUGUUCUCAUUUGCUAUUUGCUCGUACAAUCUGCAAUAGAUUAUUUGGUUGAAA